AUGUCCACCGUCAAGGUAGCUAUCGCGACCAACUCCCUAGGGAAAUCGGCAGCAGGUCAUACGAUCCAUCGAAAGCUGGAAGUGGCCAAGUCAUACGGUUUUGAUGGUGUUGAAGUCGCUUUCGAAUGUGUUGAUGCGCACGCAGCUACCUUCUCGUCUUUAAAGUCUCGGGAAGAUCGCUUGCGCGCAGCAGCGUCGGAUAUUUUCACCAAGGCAUCGUCUCUGUCGCUCUCCCUUAUUGCAUUGAAUCCAUUCGGAGCAUACGAUGGACUUAUCGCAGCUCAAGAUGUGGAAGACAGGCUGGUAGAAGCAGACCUAUGGUGUCAGUUGUGUCAGAUCAUGCACAUUCCGAUUUUUCAGAUUUGUUCGGCUCUUUACCCCCUCCAAGAAUCCAAAAUCACUUCCGAUCCUAAGACAAUUGCUGCAAAUAUGCGAAAGCUUGGGCUUUUAGCACAGAAAUAUAACUUACGUGUGGCCUAUGAAGCACCUUCAUGGGGUAUUCAUAAGAACACAUGGCAGCAUAUCCAGGAAGUCCUCGAUCUAGUCGAUCUUCCAAACGUCGGACAUUGCCUUGACACAUUCCAUAUAGCGUCAAGAGAGGCAGGCGAUCCAUUCAAUGUCGAUUCGCCUGUUCGACCGGACGGGUUGAAACGUCUACGACAUAGUUUGGAGGAAUUGAAACAAACCGUCGACCCUUCGCGCAUCGUAUAUCUACAGCUUAGCGACGCGACUGUUGCGGAUCCAAAGCAACGAGGAUACCCGCGGAGAGACCUGAAUCAGCCAGCAUUUAUGACUCAGUCCAGAAAUUGUCGCAUAUUUCCACGCGAGGAGAACUACGGAGGUACUUUGCCGGCUGUACAGGUUGCCAAGACUAUCUUUGAUAUGGGGUACUCUGGCUGGGUGUCGAUGGAAGUUUUCCAUACAGACAUGUUUGAAACUCGGUCUUCGGUACCCGAUCACUGGGCAGGCCGCGGUAUGAGAUCGUGGAAUGAGGUUGCUCUUCAAUGUGGACUUGGUCGU